UCUGCUUUUUGUAUUUCCACAUGAACCUCCCCAACAGAUUAUAUUUUCAGAACUCAACAUUUCUCUUCCAUUCCUUCUGCAACAAAUAAAUUAUAAUCACAGAAUCCAGAUGGGUUGUAAAAUAAACCCCUCAGCCCCAUCAGUUCUAUGCAAAUUUCGCCCUACCAUACCAGAGCUUAGAACAAAAACUGUAUUCUUCUCUUCUUCUUCCUCCUCGUCCUCCUCCUCCUUCAGCCACAAAUUACAAAAGAUUAGAUAUUCUAGUACAAACCUUGAAGUCCCAAGCACUGAGGCCAAGAGUUACACUGUUAGUUUCAGAACAGCGAGGGAUUGCAGGCUUGGGAUUUCAAGGUAUCCUGAUUUUGCAUAUAAUGCAGAAGGGGGAAAAGGAACAGGAUCUGGGGCUGAAGUAGCAGACAACCUAGCUGAUAAUGAACUGCUUGUUUCAUUUGACCUUGAGACGCUGUACAUCCCACCAUUGACAAGUUCUACUACCAAGUUCUUGGGUUUGCCAUUGCCACCAUUUCUGAAUAUUGAUAUAGUCCCUCUAGUCUUCCAAGGAAGAAUCAACAAGGAAUCUGGCAAGGUUGACCUUGAAUUCAAGGCCAAGUUCUUCUUCUCUGCCGGGAGUUUCUACAAGGCUCCUCCUCUGCUAGUGAAGACAGUGCUGACAUCUGAGGAAUCCAAAGGGACUAUAAAAAGUGGAAGAGGCAAAAGGCUGAAUGAAGAAGGGAAGUGCAAACUUGUUGGUGCGGCAACAGUUGAUCCUGUUGAUGAUUUCUUGAUGAAUUCCUUCCUUGGCCUUCCCACUGAGUGCCUAGCAGAGCUCAAUUCUGUGAUAAAUAUUUCUGAGUCAUCUUAAAUUUCUCAUCACCACAAAUUUUGACCAUUGUUAUGACCUUUUCCCUAUCCCUUCAGUUGUUAUUUUGAGAUUGAAAUUGUGUUGCUCCACAAUAAAGCACACAUUCAUAUGAGCACAAAAGGGGGGGUAUUUCAACUGCUAUAGAUUGGCAAAUGAACUACAAUAAUGUAAAGUUUGCUACAAAUGAGCCAAUAAA